AUGGCAACUUGGGGAGCCUACUUUUCCUCUUAUGUCAAGAAGAAUCCUGGGAUAACACCCGCAGACAAAGAGAAUGAAUCAAUAAUCACACCCAUCGUACCACUGAACACCAAUUCUGAUGUAAAAACUAUCGAGCCUCUACUCCGCGAGGGGGAUGGUUCAGCACCAAACCCAACCGAAGAUGUGAAGAAACGUUUCGAUGAAAAGUUGGGGAGUGUGGGGAAUAUUGGGAUGGGCACAGCUUCUAUAACGAGAAUGCCGACGUUGAAAUCUAACAGUAGAGGUGCAAGGAUGGCAAAGAUGUUUGGUUAUGGUACGCCGAAGGAAGAAAAGAUCGAAGAGAAGAUUGUGCAGGAUAAAGGGGAAGUGGAUUCUCCGGUGGAAAGGGUGGGAAAAGCUGAAGAGGUGAAGGAGAUGAAGAUUCAGGUGGUACCCGAAUUGAGCAAGAUCGAAAAGUUAAUAACAGAGAGAAAAGCUGCUGCGAUUGGUUCGAGAUCUGUUUCUCCAGGAAAUACUCAACCAGCCCAGUCGCCACAAGCUGUGCAGCCUCUCAAGCCUCUUGAGUCUUCUCAACCAGUCCAAUCGCCGCAGACUGUGCAACCUGUGCAACCUGUCAAGCCUCUUGAACCUCUUGAGCCUCCUCAACCAGUCCAAUCGCCGCAGACUGUGCAACCUGUGCAACCUGUCAAGCCUCUUGAACCUCUUGAGCCUCCUCAUCCAGUCCAAUCGCCGCAACCUGUGCAGCCUAUCAAACCUUCUCAACCUACGAAUGCUUUGCGAUCUCUUCAGCUUAGGCAGCAAUCAAAACCUAUCAUCUCAGUGCAAACGCAACAGCCAACAGAACCUGUUUCACCGACCAACUCAGAUCCUUCUCGAAAAUCGAUGACCGAGACACCCAACACCAUAAGUCCAAACACACCUAUUUCAACACGGUCAUCGUUCAAGGGGGCAAGGUCUUCGACAAAACGGGCUUCCACUCGCAGUAACACUAAAGCUUCAAUAUCUGCAUUAGAUGAUCUUUUGGCUGGUUUUGGUGAGGAGUUUAUGUCCAAUCCAUCUACUCCAAAACCUGUCGAUAAUGAGAAAGGGGUUGAAAAGCCAGCGUUGGGGAAGCCAAGGAAUCAACGCAAACAGAAGGCUUCAGUCUCAGCACUGGAUGAUAUCAUGGCCGGAUUGAACUCAAUGGAGCCUGCGACAGAAGCUCCAACUACACGAAAACCGACAGAAGUACGAAAAAGCGAGAUUGGAAAAUCUGGAUCACCGACAACUGGUAACGAGCCGGAACCCAUUCCGGUAGUUAUUAUUCCGGCUUCUGAAAUUUCAAAUACGGUAUUCGAAUUGCCAAAGACGACAUCACAGAGUACCAGGCUAUCAAAAAGGAAAUCAAAAGCAGUCACAAGAUUCCCAGUAGUAGUAUCUGAAGUCACUAAAAUCAUUCCAAAUGUUCCAGCACCUAUAGUGACAACAAGACCAAUUCCUUCUCUUUUGAAAGAUCAACCUAGUCCUCUUCCCCCAAAGACCCAAACAGUUACCACAAUUCCACGCUCACCCAUGAUAAAUGGUCAACCAAGUCCCGUUCCACCUCAAUUUCGUCUUCGUCCCAAACGUUCCUUUCAAGAUAUGGUAAAGCUUGCUACCUCGCCUAGAUUUGCACAAAUUGCCGAACAGGCUAUUGAAGCUGAAGCUGAAAGAAAAUUACUUCAAUAUGAAAGACAAGCCGAACAAAUAUUACUUGAGAAGGAAGAAAUGGAAGAGGAAAGAAUGAGUAUGGAAGAAAAUUUCAGAAGAAUGCAAGAAGAAGAUGAGAGGAUCGCUAAGGAGGCGAAAGAAAUGCAGGCUUUCUACGAGGAACAGGAAAGGAUACGAAUUGAGACCGAAGCUGAAGAAGAGAGAUUAAGGAAAGAAAGGGAGGAAGUUGAGAGACAGGCGAGAAUCAAGAGGGAGAAGAGAGAAGCGGAAGAGAGGGAAGCUCAAGAAGAGGCAGAGAGAUUAACAGCACAGAUUAGAGCCUUCGAGAGAGAACAGGAGAGGCUAGCUGAGGAGGCAGCUAGAAAAAUGAUGGAAGAAGAGAGAUUAGCGGAAAUUGCGAAGAAAGAGGCCGCCAAGAAGUUUGAAGAAGAAGAGAGACUGGCCGCGAUUGAAAGACGGGCUCAACGGGAGAGGUUAGAGGAGGAGGAAAGAAUUGCAGCCAUCAAGAAGAAGGCCGAGAGAGAAAGACUGGAAGAAGAACAACGUUUGGCUGCCGAAGAAGCAGCAAGAAAAUAUGAGGAAGACGAGAGACAAGCAGAAAUUGAACGACAGUUGGAAGAAGAGCGAUUAGAAGAAGAAGAACGACUAGCUUAUGAAGAACAACUUCGCGAAGAAGAAUUUGAAGAGCGUCAACGAGAAGAAGAGGAAAAAAUUUAUGCCGAACAAGCUCGUCAACGUGAUGAAAGAAGAGAUCGAGAAGCAAGAGAGAGAAAUGAAAGAAUGGAGGCUGAAAUGAGAGAAGAAGAACGAUUGAGGGCUGAGAGGGAUGAGCAGGAACGAUUACAAAUGGAGGAAGAGGAAGAGGAAAGAAGAGCUUACGAAGAACGAAUGGAUAGACAAAGACAAAGGGAUGAAAGAGAAAUGGAAAUGAUGAGAAGAAUAGAAGAACAGGAACGUAGCGGGAAGAAAGAGAGGUGA